CUUGUAUAUAUAGUACUCUUACAUGUACGUAUCUAAUCAUAAGUACCUACAAUAAUCUAAUGUUGUUCUUAAAAUUUUAAUCUCAUAAAAGCUUUGAUUGUAUAUCUAGAAAAAAAAAAGACUAAAACCCCAUCAAUCCCUUGUACAAAAGGUGUCUCUUUUGGUUUCUUUUUGAGGGUCUUGACUAAAGUUUCUAAAUAUGCAGUCACGAAAUACCCUCUCCUGUAUAACUCACUUGCAGCGCAAAGACCAAAGCUUUUCUUUUCUUUGACUGCUCAAUGGGGUGUUUAAUCGAUCUGAACACGACCGAAGAGGAUGAAACGCCGUCGUCUGAUUCUUUAUCCCCAUCUUCGGUGCUAAGUGCUUCUGGUUUUAGUUCUUCAGUUUGUUUAGAGCUUUGGCAUGCUUGUGCUGGUCCACUUGUAUCUUUGCCAAAGAGAGGAAGUGCAGUGGUGUACUUCCCGCAAGGCCACUUGGAACAAUUUCCCGAAUUUUCAGGCUUUGCUUCAGCUUAUGGUCUCCCUUCCCAUGUGUUUUGUCGGGUUGUUGAUGUCAAGCUCCAUGCUGAGGCUGCCACAGAUGAGGUUUAUGCUCAAGUUUCACUGGUUCCUGAAAUUGAGCAAAGUGAGCAGAAGCUGCAAGAAGGGAAAGCGGAGGCAGACAGUGAUGAGGAGGAUAUAGAAGCAGAAAUCAAAUCGACCAUGCCGCACAUGUUCUGCAAGACCCUUACUGCUUCUGAUACCAGUACUCAUGGAGGCUUCUCCGUCCCUCGUCGAGCUGCCGAGGAUUGCUUCCCUCCCUUAGACUAUAAUCAGCAGAGGCCAUCACAGGAGCUUGUUGCAAAAGAUCUGCAUGGCAUCGGUUGGAGAUUUCGACACAUUUUCAGGGGGCAACCACGGAGGCAUUUGCUCACUACUGGAUGGAGUGCUUUUGUAAACAAGAAGAAGCUCGUGGCCGGAGAUGCUGUGCUUUUUCUUAGGGGUGAGGAUGGGGAACUGAGGCUGGGAAUCCGAAGAGCUGCACAAAUUAAAAAUGGCACUUCUUUUCCAUCUUUGUGUAGCAAGCAGUUGAACCACAGCACUUUUGCAGAUGUGGUCCAUGCUGUAUCUAUGAGAAGUGUUUUCAGCAUUUACUACAAUCCAAGGGCUAGUUCAUCGGAGUUCAUUGUACCAGUCAGUAAAUUCUGGAAGAGUCUUGAUCAUUCAUUUUCUGCAGGAAUGAGGUUCAAAAUGUGGUUUGAAACCGAAGAUGCAGCGGAACGAAGAUACACGGGGCUCAUAACCGGAAUUAGCGAUUUGGAUCCUGUCAGAUGGCCUGGCUCAAAAUGGAGAUGCUUGUUGGUAAGGUGGGAUGAUGUUGAUGCCAACAAGCACGGCCGGGUUUCUCCCUGGGAAAUUGAACCAUCUGGUUCUAUUCCUAGUUCUAACAGCUUGCUCUCAUCCAGUUCGAAAAGGAACAGGGUUGGGUUGACAUCAGCAGAACCAGAAUUUAUGGUUCCUGAUGGAAUUGGAGCAUCCGACUUUACGGAACCUUUGCGGUUCCAGAGGGUCUUGCAAGGUCAAGAAAUUUGGGGUUUCAACCCUUUUUACGACGGUGCUGCUAGUCACAACAUGCAUCAGUCUGAAGUACGAUGCAGCUUUCAUAGUUCUAGUGGUUCUGGUAUUGCUGCUAUAGGAAGUGUUGGUAGAGACCCUCUGGUGAAUCCCAAUAUUUCCUAUAAAACUGUAGGCUUUGGGGAAUCUUUCCAAUUCCAUAAGGUCUUGCAAGGUCAAGAAAUUUUAUUAUCUCCUCCGUAUAGGAAACCCUCGAUUGUCGAGGAGAGUCGAGGAAAUGACAGUCCUGAUGUCCCCGAUGUUGAGCAACUGUCAGGGACUAGAAGUGGAUGGUUUUCCUCGAUUCUGGGUUAUGAUACUCACAGUUCUAUACAACCAUCUGCUGCUUUUACACAAGUUUCCUCACCUUCUUCGGUGUUAAUGUUCCAACAAGCAAGCAAUCCAAGUCCGAAUUUCAAUCCCAUGCAUAGCUUCAAUGGCCUGGAAAAGGAUCACGGAAUGAGUUCUUUUCGCACCCCUGAAAAAUACGGGGCAAAGUUACUUCUGUCUGGUACUGGCGGACAUGAGUCCCGUGGGAGGGAUCGCAUUACCAUGGAUUCAUUUUGUCAUUCAAAUGAUUCUAUUGGUGAUUCACAGCCUCUGGCGGCUCAACCUACAUUCAGGACUAAACAAGAAUUAGCUUCCUCGUGCAGAAUUUUCGGUUUCUCCUUGACUGAGGGAAGCCUUGAUGCUACUAAGGAAGAUAACAUGGAGCAAGCAACAUUAUCAUUGGGUCAUGGAACUGGAGAAAAGUUCCACCUGAAGCCUCCAUUGGCGAAAAGCACAGUCGAAAUCAAUUGUACUAAAGUAAGCAACCUCUAUGCUGUCAGAAAACGCUUUUGAUAUUGCAUUGUAGGGUUGUAGCAAAAUAGUGGCUUUUUCGAUGCAUCUAGAAUGAUUGUUAUUGAAAUGUUGAGUUUUGGUUUCUUGAGUUGAUUUCGAUACUUAUCUGCAGCAUUGUCUCGAAAACUAUAAUAUAUGUCGAUGAAGCAGCCGCGGAUGCAGCUGAUAUCAAGCAUAAAGAUGCCUAUGGUUGCUGAAGGCUUUAUGUUUUUUUUUAAUUUUAAAUUUCAAGAAUCUACUAGUGUCGAGACCAAGAACUGAAAACUUGUAAUAAUUUUAUGGAAUGACUCUAUGUUGCAAUUCAACUGCCUUAUUAUGCCUAUGAUAAAAUCUUGUAUCAACCAU